GUAACUUAAAGGUUUCAGUGCACGAUAUUGCAUAUUUUGGACUAAAAUUACCGAAUUGAGGAAGUUUGAGAAUAAAAUUAUUGAAAUGAUAUGAGAAGCUAGAUACCCCACCUCAUAACCGAAUGUGGACACAAAACAAUAUACAGUUAAUGAAUGUGAUCACUAUUUGAUUGUGAAUAAGUCAUGACUAUCGAUGAUUUCUGUGGAGAGGUCUUUUUUGACUCAGAGGAGACCUUAAACUCGACGGACCCUCGAUUUAGCAACUGUUUUACUGAAUUAAUCUUUGACCUGAUACCUUCCUAUUACUUGUGGUUAUUGGGAAUUCCAUAUUUCCUUUAUCUACAUGGAACUGAGAGCAACAAUAUUCCUGUUUCGAAACUGUUCAAAGCUAAAUCUGUUUUGACCAUCCUACUGUGGUUACUUGCGUGGAUUGAUUUGUUUCGUGGUCUGUGGGAGUGGGGUCAGGACAUGGAAGUACCUGCUGUAGAUCUUGUUUCCCCAUUGUUAAUUGGGGUAUCAAUGGCACUUGCAUAUUUCUUCAUCAAUUAUGAGAGAUUGAAAGGCAUGAGAAAUUCUGGUUAUCUUUUGGUAUACUGGCUUCUCACAAUAUUGAUGUGGGUUUUUCCUUUUAAAUCCAAAGUACAGCUUUUGAUGGAAACUGAGUCAUUGUCUGAUGGGGAACUUCUGAGGUGCAUCACAUUCUUCAUAUCCUAUGCAUUUGUGAUUGCUAACUUUGUACUGUCAUGGUUCAAUGAUUUGCCGCCAUCUUUUAUCAAAGAAGAUGUUUUAGUGGUAAACUUAACAGAUGAGGACAAUGUGUCUCCUACCAAAGCAAAAACUACUCUAGAGAAAAAGGAAGAAUCAGCACAUAUGAGAUCACCAGAACUAUCUGCAACAUUCCUGUCAAGAAUAUCUUUUUGGUGGUUCACGAGUAUGGUGGUGCUUGGUUACAAGCGACCUCUUGAAACAACUGAUCUUUGGAAAUUGACGAAAGAAGAUGAGGCAGGAUAUGUUGCUAGAUCCUUCUUGAAGAAUUGGAAGGAAGAUUCACAAAAAUUCAGGGAGAAACAAAGAACGAAGAGUGACGUUGUUGUUCAUAACAAGAUGGAAGAUGAAGCUCUUGUUAGACAACCAUCUAAUGAUGAAAAAUCCAAAUCACCAUCUCUCACCUGGACAAUGUGUAAAACAUUUGGGCCGUUUUUUCUGCUGGGAUCUUGCUUUAAAUUGGUUCAGGACUGUUUAACUUUUGUAAAUCCACAACUACUCAAAAUGUUGAUCAACUUUACCAUUGAUCCAAGUGCUCCAUUAUGGCAGGGAUAUAUUCUUGCUGUUGGCUUUUUUAUCACAGCAUUCAUUCAAAGUUUAUUUCUUCAUCAGUAUUUCCACAUUUGUUUUGUUGCUGGGAUGAGACUCAGAUCAGCUAUUGUAUCUUCGAUAUAUAGAAAGUCUCUUCUGUUGUCAAAUGCUGCAAGGAAGUCAAGUACAGUUGGUGAAGUUGUAAAUCUUAUGUCUGUUGAUGCUCAAAGAUUUAUGGAUUUGAUGACCUACCUUAAUAUUGUUUGGUCAGGUCCCUUCCAGAUUAUAUUUGCACUCUAUUUUCUAUGGAACAUUUUGGGACCAUCUGUGUUAGCUGGGCUUGCUGUGAUGAUAUUGCUUAUACCAGUCAAUGCCGUCAUUGCCAAUAAAGCUCGUGCUCUGCAGGUGAAACAAAUGAAAUACAAAGAUGAAAGAAUCAAAUUAAUGAAUGAAAUAUUGAAUGGAAUUAAAGUGUUAAAGUUAUAUGCAUGGGAAACAUCUUUCCAGAAAAAAAUUCUGGAUAUUCGAAACAAUGAAUUGAAAGUGUUACGAAGUGCUGCAUAUCUCAAUGCUGCUUCAUCAUUCACUUGGGUCUGUGCUCCUUUCUUGGUUUCACUUACAACAUUUGCUGUUUACGUUUUAUCUGACCCAAGCAAUGUCUUGACUGCUGAGAAAGCAUUUGUGUCUCUUUCUCUAUUCAAUAUCAUGAAAUUUCCAAUCUCUAUGUUACCUAUGGUCAUAUCAGCACUUGUUCAGGCAAGUGUCAGUCUGAAUCGUUUGAACAAAUUCAUGAACAACGCGGAAUUGGAUUUGGAUGCUGUCGAUAAGAAAAAUUCUGAUGGACCAGCUAUCAUUAUUGAAAAUGGAACAUUUACUUGGGAACAUGGAGAAGAACCAGUAUUGGAGGAUAUAAAUUGUGAGAUCAAAGAAGGAUCACUUGUUGCAGUUGUGGGUCAAGUUGGGUCUGGAAAAUCAUCACUAAUAUCAGCAUUACUUGGUGAUACAGAAAAAACGUCUGGUUACGUCAAAACAAGUGGCACCAUAGCGUAUGUUGCACAACAAGCUUGGAUACAAAAUGCAACUGUUCGAGAUAAUAUAUUGUUCGGUCGACCACUCAAUGUUUGUGACUAUCAGGAUGUGAUAGAGAAUUGCGAAUUGAAAAGUGAUUUUGAUGUAUUACCAGGAGGAGACAUGACAGAGAUCGGAGAAAAGGGAAUAAAUUUAUCAGGAGGACAAAAGCAGAGAGUAUCAGUAGCAAGGGCUGUUUACCAGGACGCUCAGAUUUACUUGUUUGACGAUCCACUCAGUGCAGUUGAUGCUCAUGUCGGCAAAAAUAUUUUUGAGAAUGUCAUCGGCCCGAGAGGUUGCCUCAGGAAGAAGACUAGAGUUUUGGUCACACAUGGAAUUGCAUUCUUACCACUAGUUGAUAACAUCAUUGUUCUGAAGGAUGGCAGAAUUUCAGAGGUUGGAAGUUAUUAUGAACUUCAAGAAAGAGAUGGUGCAUUUGCUGAAUUCUUAAGGAAUUAUGCGAAUACCGAUGAUGAGGAAAUGGAUGAGGGGGAUCCCACAGUUCUAUCGAUCUCACCUGAUGUUUUCUCCAUACAUGAUGAUGAGAGAGAUAUUGAACUUAGCUUGGAAGAAGAUGUCAAUAUAGCUGCUAGAAAAAGAAUAAUGAGUGAUAGAAGUAGAGAUUCAAAGAAUGUUUAUGCUGGUCCUGCAUGCAAGUAUGUACCUUUGAAAAAGAAAUUGAAGGAUGAGGAGAGAGUAUGCAAGUUACCCGAAAAAAAAAACCUAGCAUCUGGUGAUAACUUGAUUGUAAAGGAAACUGCUGAAACUGGAAGGGUCAAAUUAUCUGUGUAUUUAUCAUAUGCUCAGUCCAUUGGAAUUCUACUUUGCAUGUUAAUUUGCAUACUGUAUGCUAUGCAGAAUGCCGUUUCAAUUUAUUCCAGUAUUUGGUUGUCUGACUGGAGUAAUGAUCCUGUGAUAAACGGCACUCAACAUAAAACAACUCUACGUCUCUCUGUUUAUGGUGUGCUGGGACUUUCACAAGGUGUUUUUGUUGGACUUGCUGUGGUGGUUCAAUCAUAUGGAACUUUAAAAGCAGCAAGUCAUUUGCACAGAGAUAUGCUGUGCAACUUAUUGAGAGCACCAAUGCAGUUUUACGACCAGACACCGAUUGGCCGUAUUAUUAACAGAUUUUCAAAAGAUGUUGACACCAUGGAUAAUACGCUUCCGAGAUGCAUACAAAUGUGGCUGACAUGCAUGUUUAAAGUAUUCGGAGCAAUUAUCGCCAUCUCAUUUGCAACCCCACUGUUUAUAAUCUCUUUCGUUCCCCUCAUUAUCAUGUACUAUUUUAUUCAGAGAUUUUAUGUUGCAACUUCACGUCAACUGAAAAGAUUGGAAUCAAUCAGUCGUUCUCCUAUUUAUUCACAUUUUGGAGAAUCAGUUACAGGUGCCAGUACCAUUCGUGCCUAUGGCUUGCAGAGGAGUUUUAUUUUGGAGAAUGAACACAAAGUUGAUUUGAAUCAGAUGGCAUAUUAUCCUAAUAUUGUAUCAAACAGAUGGCUUGCAUUACGAUUGGAGUUUGUAGGAAAUUGCAUUGUGUUGUUUGCUGCAAUAUUUGCUGUUGCUGCCAAAGGUUCAAUAUCUGGAGGUAUUGUUGGUCUCUCCAUCUCUUAUGCUCUCCAGAUAACUCAAACAUUGAAUUGGAUGGUGCGACAAACUAGUGAGUUGGAAACCAAUAUUGUUGCAGUAGAACGUGUCAAAGAAUAUUCUGAAAUUGAGGGAGAGGCAUCAGAUAUUAUAGAUGAUUGUCGUCCUCCACACAACUGGCCAAAAGAUGGAACCAUAAGUUUCAGAAAUUACAGCACAAGAUAUAGAAAGGAAUUGGAUUUGGUUGUGAAAGAUAUUGAAGUCAAUAUUAAGGGAGGUGAAAAGAUUGGCAUUGUUGGUAGAACAGGAGCUGGUAAAUCAUCUCUCACUCUUGCUUUGUUUCGAAUCAUUGAACCAGCUGGCGGUUCCAUCUUCAUUGAUGAUAUGAAUAUUUCCAAGAUUGGAUUGUUUGAUUUGAGAUCAAAACUAUCCAUCAUCCCACAGGAUCCAGUAUUGUUCUCUGGUACAUUGAGAAUGAAUCUUGAUCCAUUUGAUGCAUACACUGAUGAUCAAUUGUGGAAUGCUCUCGAACAUUCUCAUCUUAAACCAUUUGUUUCUGGUCUUCCAAAGAAACUAGAACAUGAUAUAGCAGAAGGUGGAGAAAAUUUGAGUGUUGGACAACGUCAGCUUGUCUGUUUAGCUCGUGCCUUACUGCGUCAUUCAAAAAUUCUUGUACUUGAUGAAGCUACUGCUGCUGUUGAUCUUGAGACUGAUGAUUUAAUUCAGGGAACUAUCAGGGUUGAAUUUGAGGAUUGCACAACAUUUACUAUUGCUCACAGGCUCAACACUAUCAUGGAUAGCACCAGAGUUCUUGUCCUUGAUGCAGGAAAGGUUGCUGAGUUUGACACUCCCAUUAAUCUGCUGAAAGCAAAAGGAAUUUUCUAUGGAAUGGCCAAAGAUGCUGGAUUGGCAAAUUGAGGACAAGAUUAAGAUAAUAUCGAUCGGGAAUCGGUUGAUAUUUCAUGGGUGAUUUAUCUCCAGACCUGAUUUGAUCAUGAUAAUAUGUUAGUUGAAAGUAUAUCUUUCAAUGAGUGUUAUGAACCUUGGCAACCUUGUAUGCAUGUUACUGAUUGUACUAUAUCACCUGCUUACAACUUGUUGAUCUUGGAAGAACCCUUUUACAAAGUUGUUGUUUUCCAGUGAAGUACAUCCAUUUAAAAUAGAAGCAUGAUUUUCAAUAUUCAAUCAUGGGUAAAAGAAUUCUGAUGAUAUGAGAGCUAAUAAUGUGUGUACAAAAAAAAACAUAAUUUUAGUCUAGUUUACUUUGAAAAGCAUAAUUUCAGUCUAGUUUACUAUAAUAUUCAUAUAUAGACAUUGUCAAAUUGCCUUGCUUUGUUUUAACUAUUAUCCCAUCUUGUGAUUAUUAUGCUAUGAAGCCAAGUAUAUUGUCUGUCCUGAAAGUUUGUACAUUCAUCCUUAUUUUAAUGUAGUAGUAAUUGUAUUCAUUGCCUUUUUUUUUUUUUUUUUCAUCAUCUUGGGAAAAGGGAUGAUACUAUUUUGUUUAUUACAUGCCAAAUUGCAUUGACCUGAACUACACAUUUCAUAUUUUUUGGUUUUAAUUUGAAAUAUCACAAGUGCUUAAAUUAGGUAAUAGUGGUAUUAUAAGAAAUUUUAUUUGAAACUGGUUCCAAUCUCAAAAUAUCAACAUUGAUAUAGUUUAAAUACAAUCAUGUUGAUACAUUUUUCUUAUUGUGAAGAUUAUCACUAUCAACAUUAAAACAUCUCUUUUUAAAUUUUUUGAAGGAAACAUAUUGUAGUAUUUGAUAAACUGGUCUGAAUUCAAAUAGAAUGUGAAAUAUACUCGAAGCUCUACUGUUAAUAUUAUUUAGCCAUAGUGUGUAGUGUUGUAAAAGCAUUUUGUAGUUCUUCAUUUACUUCUUCAGCUUCAAAAUCGUGCACUGAAAAUACCAUUAUGUAAGAUUGAUUUUGUGUUUAACAUUUUUCAUUUGUUAUAGAAGAAAGACGCGAAAUGUUACUACCUCAAUUUGGCCACAUACACAUUUUUAUAUACAAAACCAAUUACCCAUUUAAUAAUUACACCAAAUCAAUUUCAUUGUAUUUCAAAGUGCAAUGUGCAUUUACAUCCUUGCUCCAAAUAAAGUUUUUCAUGUCAUCUCAUCUCAUUAUCCUAAAGACCAUUUAAAUUGAGUUGAAUAUUGAUAUUCAAUUGCAUAUCUGAUAUCGAGUUGAAAUAUCAGAUGAGUUACUGAUUUUAUACUGACACAUCCUAUUCAUGGAUACCCCGACUCCCAUUGUUCCAUUCUUUCGAUUAAACAGUUCCUUUCAGUUCAUAACGUGCUUUGGUAGAAUUUUUGUAGUGUGUGAAAAUUCGUUCUAAUAUCAAAUAAAAUUCUUUCAAAAAUUUCGUUUAGCUACUAUUAUUGCCCAGUUACUGUUUAUGAUUUUUUGUUCCGAUCGGUCUUCGCCAAUUUUAUAUGUUUAAAAUGAUGUAACCAUAGUGUAUACUUGCAAUUUUUGAAAAUCUAAUAAUAUAAUACGCGAACCUGCCACCAUUUUAAAACUUGUAAAUUUUAUUCGGUUUACUUGUUCAGAAAAAGUUAAAAACAUGGUUUCUAAGCAGUUCCUAUCAUUGGUGGUAUAUGUUUUAAUGAUGGUUCACUUGUGCAUUGACUCCCAUAAUUGUUCGUAGUAAUUAAUAUGAACAGGUGAUUAUGUAGAUAAAAUAAUUCCUUCACAAUAAAAUGAUUCUUAUUAAUCGA